AUGGUGCGGGGUCGACCUGUGGAUCUUCAGCUACCUCCAAGCAGAUCCUUACUGACACAACGGGAGUAUCGAGCAAGGAAAGCCGCGAGAAUUGAACAGCUUGAGGAAGAGAAUGAGCGUCUUCGCGCAGAGAACGAAAUGUUGGUACGACAACUUUCACACUUCCGCGAGCUCAACGAUCGAGGCGACUCAACACAAACUCUCGCUCAACGAACAUGGGCUCUCGCGAUGCGGCGAGAUCUUGAGCAAGCCAUGACUCGCCUUGAUCAGAUCUGGGGCGUUACGCCAGGAGAAACAUCAUUUGCACCUUCAUCACACAUAAUAUUGCCGUCGCUUGUGACGGGCGCGUCGAAUCCACCUCUCGAACCCCAGGUACCACCGGAUCUUCUGAUCGAUGAACAGAGAUUGUCACCACCACCAGUAAGAAUGAACUCGUUGGACCAUAAUCACUUAACGCGCCAUGUCAAUACAGUCCCAUCUGUCACAAGGCUGGAACCCAUUAUACUUAACGAUAUGCACGAGCCGCACGACAUAGUUUAUCAAUCAGAUAUAAGGUCAACAUCAUCACAAACGACAGAUAAACGAUUAUGUCCUAAGGAUAAUGACCUCGCAGAAAUGACCUGCCAGCAAAGGUCAUCCUCCAUGUCUAUCACCAUGCCGGCUGAAACUAAAGUAGUCGGUUUGGACGAAUCACAGUGUUGUUAUGGGUUUGUAGAUUGUGAUCCGGAAUGA